UUGGACUGAGAGGAGCACACAGGGUGCCCUGACACGGUUCGCAUCGCAGUGGCACAGUGUGCAGGCGGAGGAGCUGCGGCUGGAUGUCAGAGGAGCACGGGGAAAUACUGCAAUAAUCCCUCAAUGUGAUGAAAAUAUAGGACAACUUUUUAAAUACAAAUCUUUAGGAUAAUCUGACGCACUGAGGGAGAAAGCAUCCAGUAGUCCGAUUUUGGAAUUAGCAUCUUUCUGUCAACAAGGUGCGUAAAUCAAGAUGUUGCCAUGUUGCUGCUUCCCGUUGUUGCUACUCUUGGCCCGGCUGCUCCCCACCUCCUCGGCCCUGCCCUUUGAGCAAAGAGGCUUCUGGGAUUUUGCCAUGGACAGUAUGGACAGUGACAAGAUGAUGACGAUGAUGAGGGACGAGGAAGAAGGCUCAGCUGGGGAAGAUAUCCUCCCCCCUGACGUACACAUGUGCCCCUUCGGCUGCCACUGUCAGCUCCGGGUCGUCCAAUGCUCUGACCUCGGUCUGACCGAGGUGCCGAAGAAUAUUCCUCUGGACACCAAGUUCCUGGACCUACAGAACAACCGUAUCACCGAGCUGAAAGAGAAUGACUUCAAAGGCCUCACUAACUUAUAUGGUCUGUCUUUAAGGAAUAACCUUAUUUCCAAAGUCCACCCAAGAACGUUUGUUCCGCUGAAGCACAUGCAGAAGCUUUACUUCUCCAAAAAUCUGCUGACCACCAUCCCCAAGAACUUGCCCGCCUCUCUGGUCGAGAUGAGGAUCCAUGAGAACCGCAUCAAGAAGGUGGCAGCUGGGGCCUUUUCAGGACUUGGCAACAUGAACUGCAUAGAAAUGGGAGCAAACCCCAUCCAGAACAGCGGUUUUGAGCCCGGAGCCUUCAAGGGACUGAAACUGAAUUAUCUGCGUAUAUCGGAGGCCAAACUGACAGGAGUGCCAAAAGAUCUCCCAGACAGUCUCCAUGAGCUUCAUCUAGACCACAACCAGAUCCAGGCUGUAGAACUGGAGGACCUGAGCCGCUACAAAAACCUGUACAGGUUGGGCCUUGGCUUCAACCAUAUUCGGAACAUAGAGAACGGCAGUCUGUCUUACCUCCCCCGGCUGAGAGAGCUGCAUCUGGACAACAAUCGUCUCUCUCGUGUUCCCAAAGGCCUCCCUGAUAUGAAAUACCUGCAGGUGGUUUACCUCCAUUCCAACAACAUCGACCACGUGGGUGUGGAUGACUUCUGCCCUCGAGGAUUUGGGAUGAAGAGGACGUUCUAUAACGGCAUCAGCCUGUUUGGAAACCCUGUCAACUACUGGGAGGUGCAGCCCGCCACGUUCCGCUGCGUCAGUGACCGGCUCGCCAUUCAGUUUGGAAACUACAAAAAGUAAAGACAGGGGAUAAUGUGAGAUGGAGAGAGUGAUAGAGAAGGGCCGGAGAAGAUCAUUUAAAUAGUAAAUAAAAACCUGAGAGAGUUUUGGAGAUAGCUUGAGAGGGACUGAUGAAGAGAAGUGGAAAAUACAAUCACAUAACUUGAAUGGAGUGGAAAGCAAAGCUCUUGCAGUACUACACCUGAGUUUUUGCAUUCUUUAAUUUGAAGGUCUUGAAAGUUUUGCCAUCAGAAAUGGGUCAAACGGAAGAGACCGUUUGAGAUGAAUGUUUUGCCCCAACCUAAAACCAAUGGAAAAAAAACGAGUCCUGAAAACUUGUGAAGCAUUUCAUUCCAUUUUUUUUUACACACUAGCGCUUUAUUUCAUAGGUGUCACUUCGGUUUUAUUAACAUUUUCAGAUUACUUUUAAGAAGAUAGAAAAGCAAUGCAUUAUAGAUUUAUAUAUAUAUAUACAUAAAAAGAUGCUCUGUAUGACUUUCUGUGUGUGCUAAUUUGAGAAAUAUAUCACAUUGUGCCUGUGUGGUCCUUAAACUGUGAAUUAAUUACUUUAUUUACUAAUAACUAGUCACAGAUUCAGGGCCAUUUUCCAACAUUACAGGCAUAAAAAAUGGCAUAAAAGCAUCAAUUAUUCAAUUUUUACAGUUUGGAAACAUUUUGUAUAUACCAUGGCAGUUGAAUGAUUAAAAUAGUAAUAUGUACAUUCUUAUAAUUCCCCUCAAGUGGUAAACACUUUUUCUUAUUGAUGUGAGGUAACUGAAGCACCAGCCUGUCUGUGUCAGGAGUCUAUUAUGUGCCUUUAAUAAUACUGGUCUGUCUUUAUACUUUAAUGCAGUAUUCCUCGAGGGGACACUGAGUUAGUGGGGCUUUGCCCCAGUUAAAGAAAAACACACAUCCGCUUCGCUUUGACACAAUGAAGGCAGUGUGUUUACUUAGUGCUACAUACUAAAGUAGUGUUGUUGCAUUGUUUUGCACAGUUUUUCUGUAAUGCUUUAUCUGCUUCAGGGUUAUUGGAGGAUUAGUCUGUUUAAAUGAGUAAACCUAUGUGGAUCUACUUUAGCCAUAUUCUUAUUCUCUCCUGUCUCUGCUCUGUAUCUGACCAGCUACUGCUGCAUGUGAAUAAAGACUUUUUUUACCCUGCUGCAUAAAGCCGGAGAACAACUGAUGCCCUUAGGUUGGUUGCUGUGUGAGAAAUAAAGAACAAAAAU